AUCAUUAGUCUAAAAAAACGUAUCCAAUCGCAUAUCGAUACUUACUACCAUCAUGAUCCUAAGCCCUAACCCCUAAUCAAUCACACGGUGUGUGAUCUUUUUCUUCAUCAAUUUCAUUUCCAAAAUGUUGGGUGGGCUUUACGGUGAUCUACCACCACCCUCUUCGGCGGAGGAAGACAAACCAACCACCAAUGUCUGGUCCUCCAGCACCAAGAUGGCCCCCGCCACCCUCCGCAAACCGGCCUUCACACCUCCCCACACCAUUCCCAGAUCGCAGACCAAACCCAAACCCACGGUCACCAGAACGGUGGUUUCCACCGCACCGUCACCUGUGCCGGCCCCGGAUGAUGCCGUCCAACCUGCCCUGGUGGGUGUCCAGUCCACGGUGAUGGAGGAGUACGACCCGGCCAGGCCGAACGACUACGAGGAGUAUCGGAGGGAGAAGAAGAAGAAGGCGAGGGAGGCGGAGGUGAUGAGGGAGCUGGAGAGGCGGCGGCAGGAGGAAGAGGAGGAGGAAGAGAAGAGGGAGAAGGAGAGGGAGAGGCAGAGAGAGAGGGAUAGUGAUUCUAGGUUGAAUAUUUCUGGUGAGGAGGCGUGGAGGAGGAGGGCGGCGAUGGGUGGUGGCGGUGGCGGUGGCGGUGGUGGGAGCAGCGGUGGGACGGUACCGAGGUCGCCGUCUCCGCCGCCAGGGAAUGGUGGGGAUGGAUUUAGUAUUGGGAAGUCGGAGACGGGAGGGUUGGGGGUUGGUGCAGGUGGGCAGAUGACUGCGGCGCAGAGGAUGAUGGCGAAGAUGGGGUGGAAGCAAGGGCAAGGGCUUGGGAAGCAGGAGCAAGGGAUCACCACGCCAUUGAUGGCGAAGAAAACGGAUAGGAGAGCUGGGGUUAUUGUCAAUGCCAGUGACAAUAGCAAGAAAGUGAAGAGUGUUAACUUCAAUGGGGUGCCUACCAGGGUGCUGCUUCUUAGGAACAUGGUGGGGCCUGGUGAGGUAGAUGAUGAGCUGGAAGACGAGGUAGGAUCAGAAUGCGCCAAGUACGGGACAGUGACUCGAGUUUUGAUAUUUGAGAUAACGGAGCCGAAUUUCCCCGUUGAUGAAGCAGUAAGGAUUUUUGUGCAGUUUGAGAGAUCCGAAGAAACAACGAAAGCGUUAAUUGACCUUGAUGGUAGGUUCUUUGGGGGUAGAGUAGUGCGCGCCACAUUUUAUGACGAGGAUAAGUUUGGAAAGAAUGAGUUGGCUCCAAUGCCUGGAGAAAUUCCUGGCUUCACCUGAAAGAACAAAGCGUCUAUGAUUUUCUUAAGUAGUUGUAUUUAGUGAUUUCCCUGAAGACUUGAAAUUUGAGUUUAAAAUAUGAUUCCAUGAUAGUUGAGCAUUGUUACAAGCUUCAAUCUUGGUCCAAAUGUGUAAUGUGUUGGUAACAGACUAACAGUGUUUGGUCAGGGAAUUAUUGUGGUGACAAGAACAGUGAAAGUUCCUUAUUAGUGUUAAUGUUGUCCCUGUACAUUAUCGAAAGUUGGUUAAUGAGUUAAUGAAAGAUCACUUCAAGUUUGAGAUAACAUCAAA